ACAGUAACAGCUCAGCUGUUUGAGUACACAAUGCUGCGAAAGAGUGUUACAGAGAGCUUCGGUGCAGCUGUGUCAUCGCUGAAUGCAGCUCAUCUGACAGAUGGAGUUAUCAGGAGAAGCAAGAGGAUGAUGCUGGACACACUGGGGGUCGGGUUACUAGGAACCAGCAGCCCAGUCUUUAAUGUGGUUCUUCAGCAUGGCAAGAUGUACCAGUCAAAGGAGAACAGCAGUGUGUGGGGAAGACCAGGAACAUUUCUUCCGCCUUAUUAUGCAGCUUUUGUCAAUGGGGUUGCGGUGCACUCUAUGGAUUUUGAUGACACCUGGCACCCUGCCACUCACCCCUCUGGAGCUGUGUUACCUGCUCUGUUAGCUCUAGCUGAGACUCUCCAUUCAAAACCCUCAGGACUGGAGCUGCUUCUGGCCUUCAAUGUGGGCCUUGAAGUUCAGGGAAGACUUCUGAGGUUUUCAAAACAGGCUCAUAACAUCCCUAAAAGAUUUCAUCCUCCUGCAGUGGUUGGAGUUAUGGGCAGUGCUGCAGCCACGGCUAAACUCCUAGGCUUGUCUCCAGCUCAGAGUAUGGCCGCUAUGGCUAUUGCCUGCUCAUCUGCAGGAGCUCCUAUGGCAAAUGCUGCAACUCAAACCAAGCCACUCCACCUGGGUAACGCUGCUAGGAGGGGCUUAGAAGCAUCUCAGCUUGCCCUGCUUGGUCUGGAGGGCAACAAGCAGAUUCUAGACCUGGAGUCAGGCUUUGGAGUCUUCUACCAGGAUUAUAUUCCACAACAUUUGGCCGAGGUCACUCCAAACGGCCACUACAGGUGGGUGCUGGAGGAUCAGGAUAUUGCGAUUAAACGCUUCCCUGCUCAUCUUGGCAUGCACUGGGUAGCUGAUGCAGCAGUAAAGGUCAGAACACAAAUUCUGACUGAAGACCCUAAUGCAGAUCUCAGGCAAAUCAAGAGGAUCACACUGAGAGUUCCUUCAUCCAGAUACAUAGACCGUCCUAUUCCAGACACAGAGCACCAGGCUAGGCACUCUUUCCAGUUUAACUGCUGCAGUGCUCUGCUGGAUGGCGAGGUGACUGUAGACUCUUUCAGCAGUAAAAUGAUGAACAGAAAAUCUCUGAGAGAGCUGCUCCACAAAGUGCAUCUGGAGAACCCAGAAGACAAUCCGGCCAGUUUUGAGAAGAUGUAUUGUGAAAUCAUGGUGGAAAUGGCCCGGGGAGAGACUCACACUGCUCGCUGCAACACCUUUUAUGGUCACUGGAGAAAGCCUCUCAGUCAGGAGCAUUUGGUGAGAAAGUUCAAGACUAAUGCAUCAACCGUGCUGACAUCAGGUGCUGCAGAUGGGAUUGUUCAAAUCAUUGAGAACCUAGAGAAAAUCCCCGACUGUUCUGUGCUUGGGUCAUACAUGCAAUUUCAUAAGCAUGUAACACAGAGAGAGCAGUCCUAUUAUUCAGCCUCAGUAUGAGCAUUAUUGAAGGUUUUAAAGGAUUCUUCUAAUGUAUAAUGUGAUAUUUUUCUGUUUUAAAACAUCUGUUUUGUGUACAUUUAUAAUGCUGUGCAAUCCAAGAAGGCUUAUUUCCUGUUUGGGAAACUGUCCUUGUAAUUGUCCAAAAUGACUGUAUAAAAUAGAUCAAUUUAUUAUCUGCAUGAUUGUUUAAUGUUAAAAGUGAUUUAAUACAAAUGGUAAAUGGGAUUAUGUAUAUAGUUAUGUACUUAUUUUCACUAUAGUCAAUAAUAACACAAGCAACUGGCACUUUACUUUUUUUAUUUGAGCCAAAUGAAAAUGUAUUAAAUUGUAGAGCUCUUAUAAUGCAUACUGUUUACUAAUGCGAUCUUAAAGUUUGUGUGAUGUUUGUAAAAUCAAAACUUAACUAAAUAUAUUUUGGAAAAUA